AUGGCGGACGAUGAAGAGGUAAAUUUUCGUGUUUGUGCGGUUCUCCCUGCUGCUGGCAGCGGGMUAAGAACAGGUUUAGAAACACCAAAACAGUUUAAUUUAGUUCUUGGUCGACCGCUCAUAAGUUACACUCUUGAAGCGUUCGAAAGAGUCUCAUGGAUCCAGAAAAUUGUCGUGUCUGUAUCAAAAGAAAGCCUUCAAGAAAUGAAAAAUAUUGUGCUGGAAUUCAACCAUAACAAAGUUCAAAUUACCCUUGGAGGGGCAACAAGGCAUAGGUCAAUAUUCAAUGGAGUCAAGGAGCUCACCCUAGGGCAUAAUCAACCUCCAGAUGUUGUGAUUAUCCAUGAUGCAGUGAGACCAUUUGUAGAUGAAAGCAUCUUGAAAGAAGUUACAUUAGCUGCAAAUAAACAUGGGGCUUCUGGUGCAGUGCGUCCAUUGGUAUCAACAGUAAUAGGUGUUGACAAAGAAGGAUUCUUAGACCACUCCCUUGAAAGAUCAAAAUAUAGAGCCAGUGAAAUGCCUCAAGCCUUUAGAUUUGAUGCUAUAUUUAAUGCGUAUAAUAAGUGUACAGAAUAUGAUUUUGAGUAUGGGACAGAGUGCUUACAUCUUGCACAAACCUAUUCAGGUGCCAAAGUGAAGCUUGUUGAUGGUCCUGAUUCAUURUGGAAGGUAACAUUCAAAAAGGAUUUGUUUGCUGCAGAAGCCGUGCUGAAAGAAAUGACAACAUUGAAAGCCAUUCUUAUUGGCUCAAAAUGUCUGCAGCUUGAGGAGGAUCUCAUGUCAAAACUACAAUCAAAACAAGUAGAAGUKAAGUGCAUAUCAUAUGAAGAGGUGGAAGCAGCUUGUACACAGACCUUCAAUGUUGUUGUAGCUGUUUACAGACAUGAAAGUCAACCUGACACUAAUGUACAGAAAAAUAAACCAAUAUCCUCUCAGGUSUUCUCUAACAAUAUUUUCCACUAUUUAUCUUCCUCUGGACUACACAAAAAGACUGCUGUUAUUGUAGAGUUAUCAAGUAAYCAGAAUUAUAUACAAAGUUUCAAGGAAAAAUUAAAAAWGUUAAAUCAGACUGCUAAGUCAUCUGGAAUUCAAUGUUUUGGUAUCUUUGUGGACAUGUCUUGCAUUAGCAGACAGGGGAGACUGUCAAGUAGUGAAUGUCAAGGAAUUGUGUCUAUGAUAGUAGAUGUUGCCUUGAAUACUAGUGAUACUCUCAAUGGGCAAGUGUUUGAGUAUCUCUGGUGAAUGUAUCCAUCUUGUGGACAGUCUUUAGAGCCAAGACUUUAGAAAAAUAGGGAUGUAUUAGCCUCCUUCACAGGCUUCUCUUCUUGGUUGUCCUGUGUACAUAAUAUUGAYCAAGAAGAACUGGUGUCGAGAGAUUACCCAGAGCAACAAAUAAGAGAAGUAGACAACUCCUCCAGCUUUUUCUUCCUUACUAAACCCCUUCCCCUGCRGCAGCUUUUUUUGUCUWAAUGCAGGAAUUCCACAGAGUAGAGUUCCCUUUGAAGGAGGCUAGGGAUGUAUGGAUUAUAUUACCAAAUCGUAGUCAAUACACUUUGAGAUCCUGGAACAAUAGCCUCUCAUCUWGAAAGAUAGGCAUGUCUUUGCCUUUGACCAUGCAGAAAUAGAUACUUUUGAAUAAUAUUKUCUGUAGAUAUG